AGUCAUGAACCCCGCCUAUUUCUAAAAUUUCUUCUUAAAGUGUGAUUUUUAAACCAAACCACACUGCUAACCUUAUGCCUAACCCUAACCUUAAAUUAAGACCAAACAUAAAAAUAAAUGUUUUCAUGAAUUGACGAUAUAGCCAAUUUUGACUUUGUGGGUGUGGUAACCGUUGUAUUGUCAAUGAUUCUUAAAGCCGUUUCCCCUGUCUAGAUGCCUCUUGUUAUUACCAUCUUUACUCAAGGAGGUCUCAUCGUAAUCAUUCAUGGCGUCAGGCGAACCUAGUGCGAAGAAACUCCGACCGUCAAAGGAGAAAAAGGAGAACACCACAGAAAAGAAAACUCCAGAGAAAGCUCCAAAGAGGAAAACUCCAGAGAAAGCUCCAAAGAGGAAAACUCCAAAGAGGAAAACUCCAGAGAAAACCUCGACCAAACCCAGGCUUAAUUCUGUGUUCGGGAUGGGGAACCCCCUUCUGGACAUCUCAGCCGUAGUGGACAAGGACUUCCUGGAGAAGUACGGUCUGAAGCCUGACGACCAGAUCCUGGCGGAGGACAAGCACAAAGCAUUGUUUGAGGAGAUUGUCAAAAAAUUUAAAGUAGAGUACCAUGCCGGAGGAUCGACGCAGAAUUCUAUAAAGGUCGCCCAGUGGAUGAUCCAGGAGCCCCACAAUGUGUGUACGUUCUUCGGCUGUAUUGGGGAGGAUACGUUUGGAGAGAUUCUGAAGCAGAAGGCCAAGGAGGCCCACGUGGACGCCCACUACUAUGAGCAGACAGAGGAACCUACUGGGACCUGCGCUGCAGCCAUCACCGGCAACAACAGGUCUCUGGUAGCUAACCUAGCAGCAGCUAACUGUUAUAAGAAGGACAAACAUCUGGACUUGGAGGAGAACUGGAAACUGGUGGAGAAAGCCAAAGUCUACUAUAUCGCUGGUUUCUUCCUGACAGUGUCUCUGGAGUCCAUACAGAAGGUGGCCAAACACGCGUCUGAGAACAACAAGCUCUUCACUCUGAACCUCUCCGCUCCCUUCAUCUCCCAGUUCUUCAAAGACGCCCUCAUGAAGGUCAUGCCCUAUGUGGACGUGCUGUUCGGAAAUGAGACGGAGGCGGCCAUGUUUUCCAAAGAGCAAGGCUUUGAGACUGAGGACAUCAAGGAGAUUGCUAAGAAAGCCCAGGCUCUUCCCAAAGUCAACAAGAAGAGAGCGAGAAUCGUUGUCUUUACUCAGGGGAAGGACGCAACCAUCAUGACCAAAGGAGGUGACAAGAUAGAGAUGUUCCCAGUGCUGAAGAUUGACCAGAAGGACAUUGUAGACACAAAUGGAGCCGGAGAUGCCUUUGUAGGAGGAUUCCUGUCAGAGUUGGUCCAGGAGAAGGGGUUUGAACAGUGUGUGAAAGCAGGACACUACGCCGCCAACGUCGUCAUCAGACAAGCAGGAUGCACCUUCCCUGACAAACCAGACUUCAACUGAUGACCUGUAACCUUAAAGGGAAGUUUGCAGAAUUAGGUUGCUGUUAGACAUUCUGAUUUGUAAGACAUCUCACUUUACAUUUAUAUUUUUAUAUUUUUAUCCGAAUUUGACCGAAGUCAUGUCGGAAAAGCGGUAGGAAAGUGACGUCAAGAGAGAAACACACAAGUGAAUACACAGCAGGCGAGAAGCCACUGUCCACAUAAGACGGUAAAGACCCACAUCAUACCUAGUCCUCCUAUUGUUUUUGAUAAAUAUUUUGGCACUCUGAAUAAAGCCAACUUAUCAUCUGACCAUA